CCGACGCGACGGGGCGGGGCGCGGAACCCCAGCCCAGCCCAGCCCAGGCCCGCCCAGCCCAGGGCCGGCCCGCGCGCUCCGUGCUGUACUAGCUGCCCCUGAAGGGAGGCCGGGAGUGAGGCCGGGAGCGCACCGUCGGAGAGGCCAGGUGCCAGCAGCUGGGGUCUCCCCUCAGCCCGCAAGCAGCCAUGUCCAACCCCAGCGCCCCCCCUCCAUAUGAGGACCGCAACCCCUUGUACCCUGGCUCUCCGCCCCAGGGGGGCUACGGGCAGCCAUCCGUCCUGCCUGGUGGCUACCCUGCCUACCCAGCCUACCCCCAGCCUGGCUACGGUCACCCCGCUGGCUACCCGCAGCCGAUGCCACCUAUCCACCCGAUGCCCAUGCACUACGGCCCAGGCCAGGGCUAUGAUGGGGAGGAGCGAGCAGUGAGUGAAAGCUUCGGGCCCGGAGAGUGGGAUGACAGGAAAGUCCGACACACCUUCAUCCGAAAGGUUUACUCCAUCAUCUCCAUCCAGUUGCUUAUCACGGUGGCCAUCAUCGCUAUCUUCACCUUCGUGAAGCCGGUUGGUGAUUUUGUGAGGAGAAACCUGUUUGUCUACUACCUGUCCUAUGCUGUCUUCCUGGCCACCUAUCUGACCCUCGCCUGCUGCCAGGGACCCAGACGCCGUUUCCCAUGGAACAUCAUCCUGCUGACCAUCUUUACUCUUGCCAUGGGCUUCAUGACGGGCACCAUUUCCAGCGUGUAUGAAACCAAGGCCGUCAUCAUUGCAAUGAUCAUCACUGCUGUGGUGUCCAUUUCAGUCACCAUCUUCUGCUUUCAGACCAAGGUGGACUUCACCUCGUGCACAGGCCUCUUCUGUGUCCUGGGAAUUGUGAUGAUGGUGACUGGGAUUGUUACUGCCAUUGUGCUGUCCUUCAAAUAUAUUUACUGGCUCCACAUGGUCUAUGCCGCUCUGGGGGCCAUCUGCUUCACAUUGUUCCUGGCUUAUGACACGCAGCUGGUCCUGGGGAACCGGAAGCACACCAUCAGCCCCGAGGACUACAUCACUGGCGCUCUGCAGAUCUACACCGACAUCAUUUACAUUUUCACCUUUGUGCUGCAGCUGCUUGGUGAUCGCAAUUAAGGAGCAUCGCAUUCCGCCCCUCGCCCCUCCGUGGGCUCUCCCUUCCCUCGAGGGCUGGGAGGCUCUGACUGGAGUCUGGACCUCACAUCCGUCCCUUUCCUUUCCCUCCAGUAACAUGCCCAGUUUCUUUUCUGUCCUGGGAUGGGUGGCCUCUCUGGCGGGGGACGCACAGGUACCUGGUGGGCUGGAGGAACUGGGGACUAACUUGCCUUUGGCAGACCCAGACAGCACGAGGCAGAUGUGCCUUCUUCCUCCACCUGCUACACGGCACCAAACUCUUCUCAACAGCUCUCAAUAGAGAGCCUAUUCUCUAGCCAAAAAGGAAUACAAGCAGUAGAGGUGACUUCAAGGUGAUGAGGUGUACCCUCCCACCUCUGCCAUAGGCUUCCAGGGUCUGUAACUAGAGCUAUUUCCUUCCUCAAUGCCCCAGAAAGCCAGAGAACUUUGUCCCCAGCCUCCUGGGCUGCUAGGCCAUUAUCCAGUACUCCUCUGACAACCCUUGGUGCCUUUGAGCUCGUGAAAGUAGAAGAAAUCUGUGCCCAUGGUCUUCCCCCGCUUCAGUCCCUCUUCUUUCAAUGGCAUAUGCGUAUAUACUGUUUAUUUGGAGCGGGGCAGGAAGAGGACAGGCCUGUUCGCAGCCGCCUGGGGCCUCCAUGGGUGCUUCUGAGAUCUCUGGUCAGAGAGACCUCUGGCUUCCUGUGCCUAAGCUGCUCAGAGCAGAAAGCGAGGAGCAAAAGUCAGGCGAUGGGGUGGUUUGUAGGACUGUAAGUGUGGCCAGGAAGUAACGAGGAGGAAGAGAGGCCAGGGUGGGGGCAGGGGAAACGCUCUGUGUCUUCCACCUGGUCUGAGGGAAAUGAAAGCCUCCUGUGGUGUCCCUGGUAAUGUCUGUGUUCUUUCCUUAUGCUAACCUGGGGAGGAUCCUGAGCGAAAGGAGACUUCCCCUCAGUUUGUGUUGGGGGAUUUUAGACUUGAGCCUUAUCUCCCAGCCAGCUGCCACUUUCUUCAUGACAUCAAGUGCCUCAAGCUGAAAUGGGGAAGGGGGACAAGAGUCACUCUGUUGAUGGGGGGUGGAAACCAAAUGAGCCUGAGAGUAUCAGCCUGAAGUAGGACUUCUCUUAACUACUUGGUCCUAAAUAUAUCAUGCAAAAGGACGUAACUAGAAAUUUAAUAAAGUUUUAUGUUUAGAAGUUAAA